UAACCGCUCAUCAUCAUUAAAAUGCUGCAUACUCUAAAAUUUCUAUGGGGCGUUUAGGGACUCACUCCAAAUCAGGGGAUUUGGCUGUCCGAAACUGGACAAGUGUUUGAUGCAUUGUUUACAGGAGUUUGGGAAAAAGCUGUUACCACACAAACAGAGAUGCCGCCAAAGAAAAAGUCCAGAGUCAGUGAAAAAACAGCAAAACCAGUGAAGGAAGAUGAUUUUGCAAAAGAAACAGUUGGCUCUAAAAGGAAAGCAAACGGAACCACUGGUUCUCCAGAGUACUGCCACUGGCUGAUGAAGUCUGAACCUGAGAGCCGCUUUGAGAACGGCAUCGACAUGAAGUUCGGGAUUGAGGAUCUGAAGUCUCUGCCUGAUCAGACCAGCUGCUGGGAUGGUGUUCGCAAUUAUCAGGCUCGCAAUUUCAUGAGGCAGAUGAAGGAAGGGCAGCUGGCUUUCUUUUACCACAGUAACUGCAAGGAACCAGGAAUAGCAGGAGUCAUGAAAAUCAGGAAGGAAGCUUACGUGGACCACACUCAGUUUGAUAAGAAAGACGCACAUUUCGAUGCAUCCAGUAAACCUGACAACCCAAAGUGGAGCAUGGUUGACGUCCAUUAUCAGAGGAUGACGAAGCGUUUUAUUCCUCUGUCUGAGCUGAAAAAAUACCACCAGAAGCACAGCAGCAAAGGAGGGCCUCUAAAGGAUAUGGCGCUUUUUACACGAGCCAGGCUCUCUGUGCAGCCACUCACCACUGAGGAGUUCGACUUUGUCCUGAGUUUGGAGGAUGAGGAGCCUUUGUGAAGACCAGAUGAUGCAUCUCAACACCGUGAAACCGUAACAUUCCAAAAUAGUUUUAUAUAAAAAAAAAUUGUGGAUAACAAACAUUAUUAAAAGUAUUCUUUUCUUAAA